AUGAGGCUGAAGGCAUUUGAUGGAAGCCAAGAACUGAACAAUGCUCUUUUAGAAUUAUUUGACAUUGAUUUGCCGAUGCCAACACCGUCAUCACCGGCUCAAGCAAGGGACGAGAUGGUUAAAGCCAUGGAUAUCAAAAAGCCACAACCUGCAGUCCCGGGCCCCCAACGCUUCAAAAGACUUUCCGAAGAUCAACUUAAAGAAAUGGAGGACGAACGGCAAUCUAAAUCCACUAAAAGCAAUACCAAAUGGGGUAUAAAGGUUUUUCAGGAUUGGAACCGCGAGGUACAUGGACAGGAAUUGGACAUAAGUUUAAUAGGGGUUGGUGAUUUGUGUGACAAACUACGUCAAUUUUAUGCCGAGGCAUCGCCAAAGAAUGGACUGGUGUACCAUAAAAACACUCUUAUUAAGAGUGGCCUGCUUUAA